UGAUCACAGUCGGCUUCUAGACUGACGCACGAAAUAUGUAUGUUUUUUUUUCAUUCGAGGUACCAUAUCUGUGGCAAUGUUAAGUCGCUGUAACUCAUUCCGAGGAGGCUGAAUUACCUUAUCGCGUAUGUGUAUUCUUACUGGGAUAUCAUAAUAUGUUCGGUCUCCACAAUAGGUGACGAGUUCACACCCGGAUAGAUUAAACGCAGCGACACUUCGCCGGAAGCAGCGAAGACAGGAGGUGCGCGAUCUUCGGCCAUUCUCGGCACCACCCGAUUUGCGUGCGCGGCGGCUCCACGUUGCUAGGCGUCACCCCGGCUCGCUCCCGUGGUUAGACACAUCCUCGCCUGCCUACGGUUACACAGGGAUCCUGAAGGAUUCUGGAUCUGUGCGGCUGCAGCACUUCUGCUUCACGCUUCUGAGAGAAGUAGGCAUUCACCAAGAACUAGUGCUAGAUCGACUGCCUGCAAAGACACUCUCGAAGGCCAACGCUACAAUGACGUCACGCUCCGCGAGGCCUUCAUCGCGGGGAAACACAGGAACAAGACCUGGGUCACGCCAAAGCUCUCGCACUUCCGUAGAAAUGACUUUGGUCGAAGCUGGAAAUGGAAAAGGCGACGUUUCUGUGAAAUCAUCGGAUAUCAGUGAUAACACAGUCUCGGAAAAACUAGAUGAAAUCUAUACAAAUGGGAAGGAGUCCAGUGGAACGAUUAAGCCUUUGUGGUACCCAGAGCAGAACCAAACGUCAACACGUGCAGAAAUACAUCCACUACCGGGCGGUGGUCUCGCUAGGGAGUCUACCAUGGUCGGCGUGUACUCGAACCUCACCGCGCAUUCACGCCAACAAACGGGUAUGAGGGUUCCACAAAAAUCAACGCUCUCCAUCGCAGGGUCUGGCCCGGAGAUGAAGCUACUGCAGGCGGUGGCUCAGGGGGACGGUGCCGUGGUCCGGCGUCUGGUCUAUGACAACCCAACCAUGAAUCUCCAUGUUGUAGAUAGGAACAAGCGGACGGUGCUCCACCACUGCCUGGAGGCAAGGCCACUGUCCCUAGAGGUCCUCCACUUCCUGCUAAAGAAGGCCCCACCACUCGAUGUCCUAGACACGAGUGACCAGACGCCGCUUCAUAUUGCUGUUAAAAAUGACGACGUCAUGUGCACCUACCUGCUGCUGAAAUAUGGCGCUGACGCGAACGUGCAGGCAAAGCGGACUGGCCGGACGGCACUGCACGAGGCGACGUCACGGAGUCACGUGAGGGUCACGGAGGUUUUGCUGUGCCACGGCGCCAACCCGGGUUUCAAGGAUAAGGAAGGCCGCACACCAGGCGAUGUUUGCAAAUCCAAUUUCCCGCGAACACAGUAUGACGCCAUGGUAAUCCAGGCAGACGAAAAAAGAAUGGCAAUUCACGACAUAAGACCCGAUGAAGGAAUGCAAUCAAGUAAAAUCGGAUUGUCAAUAGAAGCUAAAGACGAAAAUCUGCAUAACAAAACUUGGAUUUGCAAGAGACAAAGUUUGGAAGAGUUUAAUGGAAAAUUUCCAAUCGAACAAAUCGAUGACGUCAUAAGUGACGUAUACACGUGUCGAUUUCUCGAGAGCACUGUUGGCGGGCUGUUUUCUGUGACACUCCGCCUAUUCGACAGUGGUGUCACAUCAAGGGAGGAGGUCCGUGUGCUGACCUCGGGCGACAAGGUCAUAGUCGACGUCUCUCAAGAAAGUACAGACAAGUUAUCCAUAACAUUUGAAUGUGAAAUGACAGACGAUAUCAGUUUAGUUGCUGUAUGCAGACCGAAAAUUGAAAGAUUUGAGGUCGGUAAAACUGCCGCGACGAUGACGUCAUCCCUUGACGACAGAGUUCACAUCACUGUCGGUGAGGGGGCGUUUGGCGGAAAGUCAACCGUUUCUCUACAGGUCCUGGAAAUGUCAGAAGAGGAAGAUAUUUCCGCAGAACUGAUCUUGGCAUCUACGCCGUUUUACUUCAUAAACGCUGACCACAGGACUAAGAAGCGCUUAGAAGUCGAAUUACCAGUGCCAGUGGUAUCUGAUGGGACGGAGAAGCUGGUGGUUCUAAAGAAGACGGGCGACACCUGGUCCCCGGUCCAUAAACAACUUGGCGACCCUGACGUUCACUCAGUGAAAUGCGCGCCGGAAGGGCUCCCAGCGUGUCUAGUGGUAGCAGUUACACGAAGUACGGAUGGCGAAGAGAACCAUGACAGUGUUGCAAUGGAGAUCCAGGAAGCGUAUCGAUCGGCUGUUGAUCCAGCGGUGGUCGUCUGCUUCCUGUGUAUGUCCCGGCGGGUGGGCACUUAUUGUAGGUUCAGCGUGGUUCUGGAGUGUUGCACCAUUAAAACCAGGGACCAGCGGAUGAGAUACUGGACGGCAGAAGGAUACAGUGAACACACUGGAGAUACGAAAGACGAAGAAAAAAUGUUUGUUAUGAAAGUCAGGUCCACCCAAGCAUUUACUAUAAUUUUCCAUGACAAUCCAAUUGCCAGGAAAGAUCCAAGGACGUUUUGUUUAGAGUUUCAUACCAAACGACAAAACGUAAUACAGUUCGAUGUGGAGCUCAAGGGCAAAAGUGUGCAGUAUAUGAACGGACGACUGUAUAUCUACGACAAAAACACUGACGCCGACCGUGACAAGCCUAUAGGUGACAACCCACUUACGCAUUUUGAAAUUAAUCUAGUGCUCAACCAUGUAGAAGCUGAACUUUCAAACGUAAUCCAGCGGUCGACAGACAGCAGUAGGGCAAGCAAGAGUCUCACAUCAGAUACUUCCCAGCCGUCCACCCGGAGUGCGUCCGCCAAAUAUAAGUCAAAGACCCCUAUUGAUGGCCUGUCCCGCCUCCAGGCCACCCUGAAUCGGGCCAUGAACAACAUUGACCCGAUAGAGACAACACCAGAGCCACUUCCGCCUGUUGAUAGUGAAACUGUCGCAGAUCCUGAUUACAAGUUCUUAAACAACAACGAAAAUGCUGUGUUUCUGGAUGAUGAACUACUGGACUGGCUCGUGUCCAAUUUCGGGGUCACGUGGUACAAGGCGCUCGUGCUGAUGGGCGUCCCCUUCUCCGAAAUCGAGGAUGCGCUAACUUCAUCAUCUAACAUCAGUGUUACCAAGAGACAGUUAAUCCGGAAGUGGCGUGACGGGACCCAGUCCCGAGCGGACGUAGGCGUGCCGCUGCUACUAGGAGCACUGUUUAAGGGAGGCCACCGCAGUCUCGCCACAAACGUGCAGCUGAACCUUAGGAAUUGGUACGGCGAACACAAUGAAGGUGACCAUCCACUGUACGACUGGCUUACGAACGCCUACCAGAACUCUGACUUGUUUGUCCCGUCAGAUUAUCCCAAACCGAUGUCGGACCAGUAUCUCGUGUUGAUGUCAGACGAACUCCCGCUCUCACGUGACCUCACACGCGUGCUCUCACUGCCGGACAAGGAAUCUGAUGACGUCAUCAAUGCUGAAUUUCUGCUUCAUGAUGGAAUCAGACUAAUGAAGAUUUUGUCGUUAUACCGUGAUCGGACGCCGCGUACAGUGGAUGCGUUAGAGCAUCUGAUCGAUGUCCUCGGCAACCUUGGUUACGACAGUAUCCGUAACUACGCCAUCAUGUGCGCCAAGGCUUGGCUACGGCGCACUGCCACCAGGAAAGAUGACCCACUCCGCUACCAGGUCGAUUCGUUGUUGAAGAAACUAUAGGAACUACGCUUCUACAUUCCUAGUUGACGUUGUAUUUUGAACAUAGUACUUGCGUCUACACACAGUUGUAGUUAUUGUUUGAACCUCAAACCGAGCGACGGUGGACAGAUGCUGUACCAAUAUUCCUUAAUUCUUUGUAAUGUUUUUUGGAUUUUUGUUAUUCAAUUAGUAUCUAUAUUUAUGCGUUGUAUCAAUGGUUAUACAAAAUAUAAUAUACAUUUAUAUCCCAUAGUAGUGAUGAAAUAUAUGUAGCUUCACAUUGUAGCAAAUGUAGCCAGUGCAUGCACAUGGCUUCUAAAUCGACACUAUGGAUGGUCCCCCCUUAAUUUGUUUGCAUCGAUUUAUUAAGUAUUUGGACCUUACAAACAUAAUUAUGCAUUACAAAUAAAGACCUGUUCUAAGUUUCAAA